UCUAUUUGUUUUAAGUUGUAUGACCUAUCACAACCACUUUGAAAAAGUAAAACGUUAAAUUAAUAUGCCAUUACUGUCAUUUCAUACUGUUGAAAAGUGUCAUCCUAAACAGAAGGGGGCGGUAAUGCACUUUACGCGACACUCCAGCCACCCUGGAGACAUGACAGCAGAAAAACAACGCCGUUGCUGUGCGACGGUGCUGCAAGAAACAGAAACACACCAAAUGCAAAGCAUUCAUAGUAUUAUUUUAACUAACCGCCAGUAUUUUAGCUAUUUUUCGCAUUGUUUGCCCACAUUUCGUCUUCAACAAGCAAGUCAUGCCUCUUCCAGACACAAUGUACUGUGCCCAGCAAAUCAACAUCCCUCCCGAGCUGCCAGACAUCCUCAAAAACUUCACUAAGGCAGCCAUCCGUACACAGCCCAAGGAUGUGCUGCUGUGGUCUGCGGCAUAUUUCAAAGCGCUGUCUGAAGGAGAGUGUCUGCCUGUCAAGGACAGGCUGGAGAUGAAUGUUGCCACCCAGAAGACAGACACUGGGCUGACUCCAGGUCUACUUAAGACUCUCCAUAAACAGCUGUCUCCCAGGCAAGCAUGCAGCAAGGAGGAACUGCAGGAGAAAUGGAGGGGUCUGUGUCUUCCCAUGGAUCAGCUGGAGACCCUGCUGUCACUGGGCAGCGCUGGCACAGACAUCGACUGGAUGGAUUUUUUCGCCCUGGGCUGCAGCGCUCUAGGAGGGACCCUUAUGAGUUCACUGAAGAUUGCCUGUGAGAUCCUGACAGAGGAUGAGGAGGGCGGUGCUGCCAGGAUCCCGUUCAACACCUUUGUCCAACUCUACACCUACCUGGCUCACCUGGACGGGGACAUGCCUCAGGACCACAUUGACAGUUUCCUCCGCAGCCUGCAGGCACAAGUGGAGCUCCAGUGUGGGAUGAUAAAACCUCUGGACUUUAUCCAUUGGGAUGAUAUGGACUCAACUCCUCCUGCUUCGUCAAUCUUUUCCAGAGCUACCUCCAGAGCUGAAUAAGAACUUUGAAAAACAGUGAAAAGUGAAUCCAGUCCUAAAGGAUCUGUUGUGAGUGCAGGGUGCAGUGCGUGUAUGUUGAUGUGACCAACAUACGGCAUCAGCUUUGCAUCAGCUUCACCUCUGUGCCUCACCAUUACAGUGACAUUAUAUGCAUGUAACA